AUGAAUAGGCGAAGAAGUGUUUGCAUAGAAGAGGGUGAUAAUAAUGGAACUGUUGACAUUAAUGAGUGUUUUGUGCAGAAAGUGGUUAAUCAAAUGAAUGUGAAACGUCCAUCGCCACUUGCGCAAUCGUGCAAAAAUAAUAACGAUGCUUUUUGUGCUGCACUUUUUGAUGUUACGGAGGCAAAUGAUCUGCAAAAUAAUGCAAACCCAUAA